AUGUCAGAUUCCAACACAACUGACUUAUCCAACCCCUCCACCUUCAUCCUGCUGGGAAUUCCUGGCCUGGAGGUGGCCCAUGUCUGGAUCUCCAUCCCCUUCUGUGCCAUGUACGCCAUAGCCAUCUUGGGGAACUUCACCAUCCUGUUCAUCGUGAAGAGGGAGCCAAGCCUCCAUAGACCCAUGUACUAUUUCCUCUGCAUGCUGGCCGUCACCGACCUGGUCCUGUCCACUUCUAUCCUGCCCAAAAUGCUGGCAAGCUUCUGGUUCAAUUCCAGGGAGAUCAAUUUCAGUGCCUGCCUCACCCAGAUGUACUUCGUUCACUGCUUUUUAGUGAUGGAGACUGGGAUCUUUGUGGCCAUGGCUUUUGAUCGCUACGUGGCCAUCUGUGAUCCCCUGAGAUAUUCCACCACCCUGACAAACCCCAUGGUGGUCAAGAUUGGCCUCACUGUGGUGCUGCGCGGUGGCAUGUUUGUACUGCCCUAUAUCCUCCUAGCAAGGCGGUGGCCAUAUUGCAGAACCAACAUCAUCCCCCACUCAUACUGCGAGCACAUAGCCGUGGUGAAGCUGGCCUGUGCCGACACCCGUGUCAGUAGUUACUAUGGGCUCUUUGUGCUAUUGUCUGUGAUUGGUCUGGAUGUGAUUUUUAUUGCUGUGUCCUAUAUCCAGAUCCUCAGGGCCAUCUUCAAUCUCUCCACAAAGGACGCCCGGCUCAAGACUUUUCGGACCUGCAGCUCCCACCUCGGUGUCAUUUUAGCCUUUUACAUCCCAGCUCUCUUCUCCUCCCUCAUGUACCGGUUUGGCCACACAGUGCCCCUGCAUUUCCACGUUCUCAUUGCUAACGUGUACCUCCUGCUGCCCCCCAUGCUAAACCCCAUCAUCUACGGGGUGAGCAGCAAACAGAUCCGGGACAGGCUGCUCCGGCUCUUUACUCAUAAUGGGACCUAA